GCAAGGCACAUGGCAAAGCUCUACAAAUGCUGGAAAUCUGGGCCAAUCUUCUAAUUCAGUGCUUUCCCAGUUUCCCUCAUCCUCUCUGCGCUGGGAGCGACCAACAUUUCUUCCUCUUCUUUCACAGAAUCAAAGUGGGAGAGCACAAGGAACCACAAUCAAUUGGCUUUAAGGUUUGUUUCUCAACAAACAAUAAAAGGGGAAGAAAAUUCCACUGGCUAAAGACGAAGAAUAAGACGAACGACGAGGAGUAAGACGGGCACUCUAGUAAUUUUGAUCUCCUCCUCCUCCUCCAUGUUCGCAUCCGCUCAUUUGAACACCAACAGCGACGCUCCCAUCAUUUCCGUCGGCGGCGGCCGCAGUUUCUGGUUAAUGGCAGUGCCUACCACGACCUCCACCUCGGCGGUGGUGGUCACGGCCUUGGCUGGGGUGGCUCUCAUCGCUGUGAUUUUCUACGGUGCCAGUAGCGGUCGCCUCAAAUCACCAUGGUCACGCAGGAAAAGAAAACAUGCACUUUCACCACAGCAGUGGAAAAGCUUGUUUACGCAAGAUGGAAGACUCCGUGAUGGUGGAGCUAAGUUCUUGAAAAGAGUUCGCAGUGGAGGUGUUGAUCCCACUAUUAGGGCUGAAGUUUGGCCAUUUCUACUUGGAGUCUAUGACUUGGACAGCACCAAAGAAGAAAGAGAUGUUAUAACAAGUCAAAAUAGAAAUGAAUAUCAAAAGAUCCGCAGGCGAUGCCAGAAGUUCCUAAAUCAGAAUAAUGGGAGCUUCAAGGUAAAUGAAACUGGUGGAGUCAGCAGUGAAGGAGAUAGUGGGGUUGUCAUUCAUGACUCUGCCUCUCUUAGUUCUGAGGAUGUUGUUAGUGCAAGGGAAUCCCUUUCUAGUGAGGAGAAGAGCCCUGAUGUUGAGUUCUCAGAUGAUCGAUCCAGUGCAUUGGUUGACAGAGAUGAUGUUGCCACUAUCAACAAUGCUGGUGCCUCUACACUGGAUACUGAUUCAUCUUAUUCAGAUUCAUCAGAAGGUCCUGAAGUAAUUCAGAAUUUCCCCUCUGGGCCUUGUCAAGAGGAGAAUGAUCCCAAGAUAGUUUCCAAGAAGGAUUCUUCACCCCAAACGGAAGUCUCAUCAAAACUUAAAAGUAAGGAAGAUUUUGCGACAUGGCAGCGUAUCAUUAGACUUGAUGCAGUGCGUGCUAAUGCAGAAUGGAUGCCUUACUCCCCCUCUCAGGCUGUGGUUUCGGAGAGUAGGGCACAACGAUCUGCUGAGGCGGUAGGCUUGAAGGAUUAUGGUCACCUAGAGCCCUGCAGAGUAUUCCACGCUGCUCGACUAGUUGCUAUCCUUGAGGCAUAUGCGCUAUAUGACCCUGAGAUUGGCUAUUGUCAAGGCAUGAGUGAUCUGUUGUCUCCUAUCAUAACUGUUAUAUCUGAGGAUCACAUGGCUUUUUGGUGUUUUGUUGGAUUCAUGAAAAAGGCACGGCAGAAUUUUAGGCUUGAUGAGGUAGGUAUAAGGAGGCAACUUAAUAUUGUUGCUAAAAUUAUCAAGUUCAAGGAUUCCCACCUAUAUAGGCACUUGGAGAAACUCCAGGCUGGGGAUUGUUUUUUUGUUUAUCGGAUGGUGGUGGUAUUGUUCAGAAGGGAAUUGACAUUCGAACAGGCUCUUUGCCUCUGGGAAGUGAUGUGGGCAGACCAAGCGGCAAUCAGGGCAGGUAUUGGGAAGUCUGCAUGGAGCAGAAUAAGGCAGCGUGCUCCCCCAACAGAGGAUUUAUUGCUUUAUGCAAUAGCAGCUUCAGUGUUGCAAAAGAGGAAAUUGAUUAUUGAGAAAUAUAGCAGCAUGGAUGAGAUCAUCAGGGAAUGCAAUGGCAUGGCAGGACAAUUGGAUGUUUGGAAACUGCUUGAUGAUGCACAUAACUUGGUGGUAACCCUUCAUGACAAAAUAGAGACAACAUUCCGGUGAUUGCAUUCGGAUGAUCAUUAAAAUGAUUUACAAUAUUUUUUAAAGAUCUUAUUUAUUUUAGUCUCUCUAGUAGGAAGAACAAAAAAAGAGCAUUGCAAAUGAUUCAACUUUGAGCUUUGGUGCUUUAUCUAGCCCUGGUUGCCGUUAAUGAGCCAGUAGGGAUGGAAGUUAGUUAGGUGUGUGUGUUUUCAUCCUACUUUGCUCUUCAUCUUAAUUUUAACAACAACAAAAACCUUUAAAAGGUACUUUUAUAUA